AUGAAUUCGAAUCCGAUCAGACGAGCGAACCCACCAGCUUCUUCUACACAAAAACGAAGCGCUCGCCAUACACCCAAAACCGUCCUCCCCCCCACCAGUGUUCGCCAUCUAGAGGGCGACAGCAUGGGCAGUUGCAGUACCCAUCGCAUCCUCGAUUGGUUGGCCUCGAUUGAAGCCGGCUCGCUCUCCACCAUCUUGGCCAUCGAACCCCGCCGCCUACCGCCGCAAGAUCCUUGCCCUCCCUCUCGCUCUCGCAAGCGUCCUCAUCUUCUCCUCCGACCCGGCGCAGACUAUCCUACACCAACGAAGCGAUCUCGACCGUCCCUCCCAUCUCCAUCCACGUCCGCCUCCCAGACACACCAGCCCAAUUUGUAUCGAUGCAAACCUGCCGACGACCCAUCAGAAGCCUCGAUGCAGGACCCGAGUACGCCAACUCGCGGCGGUCAAAAGCGACCUCUCGAAGCAGACGAUGACGAUCUGGACGCAAGCAUGUCCACCGGUGGGCCCCAGACUCUCGACGCCCACGACAUGACCACGCCCAGGCCUGCCUUUACCCUCCGUGACAGCCGUACCCAGUUGUCGCGGGACAACAGCCAGUCCUCUCUAUCGCUACGGUCUGGAAGUACCAACCGAUCCGGAAACCAGUCCCCGACCAAGCAGCUGAAAGGGGCCGCCCUCGAUGAGUCGGGCUUCGUAGUCAAGACUUUCCUCGACACGUCGGUCUCUUUGCCGCCUUCGCUUAUGCAAUUGAAGCUGGACUUGGACAGGAUCAGGUUCGGCAUAGACCUGCUGCCGUCGCGAUGCCGCACUGAGCUCGGCCACCUGGUCUACCCCCAUGAGCGAUCUUCCAUACCACCGCACGCGUUCCGCGCCGACACCCCGGACACACAUUCAGCCAACCAAGACCAGCGCAUCCCGUCCCUCGCGUGGGUGAACAAGACUGUGAAGGAGGCUGCCAAGUGCGAGACGCUUCUUGAGGCCGAGGCUGCCUGGAACAACAAGGUGCAUGACAGGAUACUCUCCUGGCUCUGCCGUGCCGACGACGCCGAGGAAUUGCUGGACUAUGCCUACUGGUACGGCUUCAUACCCAUAUCUCGAAAAUCAACUGUUGUGGAGCCCGGGCUAACAUGUGAUGCGUCCGGCUGUAGUCCCUCCUCGCACAUAUUGAAGAAUUUCAAGCCCCUGUCAGCGCCAUCAAAGAUGAUCGACUAUUGCUUCAUCAUCCGACCCGACUACAAUGUCCCCGAUCUGAGCAGUCUUGUUGAUGACGUUCGUCAUGCCCGGCCCGGCAGAUCAAUCAACCACACCGACCUGGGCGAGCUGGACCGCAACCCGAUAGCGCUCUCAAUCGAGACUAAGCGUCUCCGGGAGGAUUGGGGCAAGGCGACGCUGCAGAUGGGGACGUGGCUGUCGGCCCAGUGGAGGAGCCUCGCCACGCUCGGGUGGCGGUCCACGUCGGCCAUCCAGUUUCUCCCGGGCAUCAUCGUCCAGGGCCACUACUGGCACUUUGUGGCCAGCGUCCGCCAGGGCUCGCAAGUCUUUCUGUUGACUGAUGUCUAUAUCGGCAGCACUGCGGACCAUUACGGCGUUUACCAGAUUACGUCAUCUCUCCACAUCCUCAAGCGGUGGUCUCUGGAAGUGUACUGGCAGGCUUUCAGGUCUGAACUGCUUCGUUUGUGA